GAUUUCGGGGUUCUGGGGUGGGAAUUUCGGGGUCCCGAGCAGGAUUUUGGGGUUCUGGGGUGGGAAUUUCGGGGUCCCGAGCAGGAUCUCGGGGUUCACCCCCCUUUUCCCCCUCCCCAAGAUCAUCUUCCACCCCGAGUUCCUGUCCUCCACCAGCCCCCUCCUGCCCGUGGACUACGAGGAGUUCGUCCGCGGUUGCCACCUCGGCGUCUUCCCCUCCUACUACGAGCCCUGGGGCUACACCCCAGCCGAGUGCACGGUCAUGGGCAUCCCCAGCGUCUCCACCAACCUGUCGGGCUUCGGCUGCUUCAUGGAGGAGCACAUCGCCGACCCCUCGGCCUACGGGAUCUACAUCGUGGACCGGCGGUUCCGGGCCCCCGAGGAGUCGUGCGCGCAGCUGACGGCGUUCCUGUACGGCUUCUGCCAGCAGAGCCGGCGGCAGCGCAUCGUGCAGC